ACUUCUCCGGCUUUCUCCCAUCUCCUCACUCCAAACCAUCGACCUUUGUCGUGUCAUAUUCAUUCUCCCCCUUUUCACCUGCCAUUGCUAUCUUGAGAUCCUCGUUUUUCUAUUCUCAGCGAUUCCCCGUAAUCGUUUCUGAGACUUUCCCUUUUCCUUUUUCUUCUGAUUGAUUUGGAUUGGUUCAUCCCUGGUAUUGGGACCCAUUGCGACAGCGAAAGUUCUAAAACACCGCGCGCCGAUACAUUUAAGAACCUGCUCCUCUCGUCUCAGCUUCUCAUCCUCCCACGCUUCGCGGCCAGCUAGUUUGUGCUCCAGAUUCUGCGCUUUAGCUCAAAGAUCUGGCGACUUUGGCGAUCAAGAAACCUCGAGUCCGGGUCAGAAGGUUUGAGCUGAGCACUGCCUCUUUUUGCUUUUUAAGAAGUCCGUCCCAGUAUCGAUCGCUUCACCUAUCCUCACCACUAUUCAAUAUUUGCACCACCAGACAAUCAUUCCGCCCUUCCUCUCCCGCCUAUAUCUAGGAGAUCUUCCCGGGUAAUUACUCGACGCCCGCUGAAAGAGUUCUGAAACCCGCCCUUGAGCCCGAAUCUCGAAUCCCUUUCUUCCUUCCAUUCAGCCCGCAACACGCAUCGUAUUUACGCGACAUAAGUCACUUCACGAGUAUUUCACCGAAGCACACCCAGCGAAAGUCACUACACCAGCACGUUUUCCUUCGAAAACCCCUGAGUGUAUAUAAGACGAACAAUAGAAAGAACGAGACGUUUUCAAAUUGUCGAUUAUCAGAAAGACUAAACUCGCGUGAACAAUAACGAUUUCAAUAUGUCUGCUUCCCCAACACAACCAACCCAGUCGGCCAAGCGCCCUUUGGAAGAAGCUUCUUCGCCCUCGCGCGCUGGUGAUCAGCCUGAUGCCAAACGACCUGCUCUUGACAAGAACAAGCAUGACGACGAUGUUGAGGUCCCCGAAGCUCCCUCCGACGUCCCUGCAGAGGACCAUGACGAUAAGGUCAAUGGAGCCCAUAAGUCUGAAGAUGAUGACGAUGCCACUUUGGACCAUGCAUCCGACACAAAGGCCGCCGCUGCCGCCACAGUUGCUGCCUCUGCAUCCAACGCUGUAACGUCUGCUGCUGCCCAUGACGAGACUUCGUGGAUUCAUAUUCGCGCUGUUAUCUCGAGCCCGGAGGCUGCUACCGUCAUUGGAAAGGGGGGCGAGAAUGUUUCCAACAUCAGGAAGCUUUCCAACGCUAAGUGCACAGUCAGCGACUACCAAAAGGGGGCCGUUGAACGUAUUCUUACUGUUAGCGGCAUAGUAGACGCUGUAGCCAAGGCUUUUGGCUUGAUCAUCCGAACACUGAACAACGAACCCCUCAACGAAUCCUCAACUGCGUCUUCAAAAACAUAUCCCUUACGGCUGCUCAUUCCGCAUAUUUUGAUCGGCUCCAUCAUUGGUAAGGGUGGUGCCCGUAUUCGUGAGAUCCAAGAGGCAUCUGGUGCUCGGUUGAACGCUUCUGACUCAUGCUUGCCUAUGUCAAGCGAGAGAUCGCUGGUCGUAAUGGGUGUCGCUGAUGCUGUUCAUAUCGCAACUUACUAUGUUGGCAGCACCCUUCUUGAACAGCUUAAUGAUAGAUUUGGAGGUCCUGCUGCGUCUGCCUACGCAACCCGUAGCGGCGCCCCUGCUGGCUCGAUUCCAGGCGGCAUGCAAGUUGUUCCCUACUCACCCCAACCGGCCUCGGGCCACUACGGACGAAGUGAAAAUUACGGCCGCCACAACGACCGGCGAUCUCACCAUAUGCCACCCGCGCCUUACCCUCAGCAAUAUCCCCACGCAGCUGCUCAGGCCAACCCUGUCAUGCCUAUGCAUUAUGGGGGUGCUCAGGGAGGAGGUGCCUAUGGCGCAGCUGCUCAUGGCCAACCGCACAUGGCCCCUCAUGCUGGUCCUCAACCUCAUGCUGGUGCUCCCCAAGCUCAGCCCAUGGGCGGUGCCAUCCCCGGUGGGCCUAUCACACAGCAGAUUUACAUCCCGAACGACAUGGUCGGUGCUAUCAUCGGCAAGGGUGGACAGAAGAUCAAUGAGAUCCGCCAGAUGAGCAACAGCGUGAUCAAGAUUAACGAGCCGCAGGACAAUAGUAACGAGCGACUGGUGACCAUUACCGGAACGGAGGAAUGUAACCGUAUGGCAUUGUACAUGCUCUACUCUCGACUCGAAUCGGAGAAACAUCGUAUCUAAUUUCUGAUAUCGGUACAAUGACGUUAGAUCGACCAAUGAACUAGGACGAACAGAUUGCUAUUUGCAGAGACAUCAAGAGGCUAAAAGGAGGAUGCAGUGUGUUUUGGAGGUUCAAAAUGAGGGCGAUAUCGGGCCACCGGGUACAGUUCAGAGAUUUGAGAAGACCAUUCCAUCCACCUGAGUUGAAGUUUCAAGGGUGGGUAAGGAAAGUCGCAGUAUGGUUGAAUGGCAUAGAAAUGGUGUCAAGGACGGGAUCGCAUUUCAUCGGGACGUACGGAUCAAGACGGGGCUUAUUGGCAGGAAGAGAGAGCCUCACAAUGACAAGUGACAGCUUUCAAGGUAUCUGAUUUUCGACGGCGCGUUGACUCAGUGUUAUUUUGUUCUCUACUUAAUCCAAUAACAAUCUGGUAUCACCUGCGACCUUUAGGCGUGACAUUAAGUCUCAGAGCUUUCUGAAAGGGACAUGAUACUACAUGAAAUGUUAGUUGCUCGGGCUUUCUACAACUUCCUAGAUGGCUCACUAUUUCAAGGCUCUUGUUCCGAGCAAGCAGAUAGUAUACGUUAUCGUCAAUUACUGCGGUGCAAUUUAGUCAGCACUAAUGGCGCAACAAAGAAAUGAGACUUACC